UGUUCCUUUGUUGCAAGGAGGAAUCAAAACACCCGGAAGGAGCUUGGCCAGCAGUACUGGAUUACCAACGAAUUUGGGUUGUGAUAUACUAAACAAAUUUAAGAUAAAAAACAACUUUGUGAGGAUUCCACCGAAUAUCUCGAGUCUUUUUGUGGUUGCUGAGGGGACUGGAUGUAAGGACUCUGGCACCAACAUGAAGACGCUAGAGGGAAUUCAACCGAACAGGCAAGUGAUGGCCUUUAUUUUGAUGGUGAUCUUGUCUCAGUCUCGCCCAGAGCCUAUUCAUUAUUCUGUGCUGGAAGAAACAGAGAGCGGCUCAUUUGUAGCGCAUCUGACCAAGGAUCUGGGCCUGGAAGUCGGGGAACUGGCCGCCCGGUCGGCCCGGGUGGUGUCUGACGAUGACAAGCAGCGCUUGCGGCUGGAUCGUCAGACAGGAGAUUUGCUUUUGAGGGAGAAAAUAGACCGGGAAGAGCUGUGUGGUCCCAUUGAACCGUGUGUCCUGCAUUUCCAAGUGCUCCUGGAAACACCGGUGCAGUUUUUUGAAGGAGAAUUAUCAAUCCAGGACAUAAAUGACCACUCCCCAGUAUUCCCGACUAGGGAAAUGCUCUUGAAAAUACCAGAAAACAGCCUGCCAGGGACUCUGUUUCCAUUGAAAUCAGCUCAGGAUUUAGAUGUGGGAAACAAUGGUCUUCAAAAAUACACUAUCAGCCCCAAUUCUCAUUUUCACAUUCUCACUCGCAAUCAUAGUGAAGGCAAAAAAUACCCAGAUUUGGUGCAAGACAAAGCCCUGGACAGAGAGGAGCAGUCUGAGCUCAGCUUAAUUCUCAUGGCUCUAGACGGUGGGUCUCCCCCCAAAUCUGGCACCAUCACGGUGCGAAUACUGAUCAUGGACGUCAAUGACAAUGCUCCUGAGUUUGUGCACACCCCAUAUGAGGUACAGGUCCUGGAAAACAGCCCCCUAGAUACCCCAAUACUUAGUGUCUUAGCUAGGGACAUAGAUGCUGGAAACUUCGGGAGUGUUUCCUAUGGCUUCUUUCAAGCAUCAGAUGAAAUUAAACAAACUUUCUCAAUAAAUGAAGUCACAGGAGAAAUCCGACUGACAAAGAAAUUGGAUUUUGAACAAAUUAAGUCUUACCACGUGGAAAUUGAGGCGACAGAUGGAGGAGGCCUUUCUGGAAAAGGCACGGUAGCCAUAGAAGUGGUGGAUGUGAACGACAAUGCCCCUGAACUGACCAUAUCUUCACUCACCAGCUCCAUCCCAGAAAAUGCUCCUGAGACUGUAGUUUCUGUCUUCAGAAUUCGAGAUAGAGACUCUGGAGACAAUGGAAAGAUGAUUUGCUCUAUUCCAGAUAAUCUGCCAUUCAUUCUAAAACCAACUUUCAAGAAUUUCUACACUCUGGAAACAGAGAGACCCCUGGACAGAGAGCACAGGUCCGAGUACAACAUCACCAUCACCGUCACCGACCUGGGGACACCCAAGCUGAAGAGCGAGCACAGCAUCUCCGUGCAGGUGGCCGACGUCAACGACAACGCCCCGGCCUUCAGCCAAAGCGCCUACACCCUGUGGGUCCGCGAGAACAACGGCCCCGCCCUGCACAUCGGCAGCGUGAGCGCCACCGACCCGGACUCGGGCGCCAACGCGCGGGUCACCUACUCGCUGCUGCCGCCCGGCGACGCGCGCCUGCCGCUGGCCUCGCUGGUGUCCAUCAGCGCGGACACCGGGCAGCUGUUCGCGCUGAGGCCCCUGGAUUUCGAGGCGCUGCGCGCCUUCGAGUUCGGCGUGGGCGCGGCCGACGGCGGCUCGCCGGCGCUGAGCAGCCGGGCGCUGGUGCGCGUGCAGGUGCUGGACGCCAACGACAACGCGCCCGUCGUGCUGUACCCGCCGCAGAACGGCUCUGCGCCCUGCACCGAGCUGGUGCCGCGCGCGGCCGACGCGGGCUACCUGGUGACCAAGGUGGUGGCGGUGGACGGCGACUCGGGCCAGAACGCCUGGCUGUCGUACCAGCUGCUCAGGGCCACGGAGCCCGGGCUGUUCGGCGUGUGGGCGCCCAGCGGCGAGGUGCGCACGGCCCGGCAGCUGAGCGAGCGCGACGCGCCCAGGCACAGGCUGGCGGUGCUGGUGCGCGACCACGGCGAGCCGCCGCUGUCGGCCACCGUCACGCUGCACGUGCUGCUGGUGGACGGCUUCUCGCAGCCCCACCUGCCGCGGGCCGAGGCGGCGGCCGAGCAGGCGCGGGCCGAGCCGCUCACCGUGUCCUUGGUGGUGGCCCUGGCGGCGGUGUCGUCGCUCUUCCUGCUGUCGGUGCUGGGCGUCGUGGCGGCGCGGCUGUGCGCGAGGGCCCGGGCGGCGUCUGCGGGGGGCUGCUCGGGGCCCGGGGGCGGCCUUGCGGGCCACCUGGUGGACGUGAGCGGCGGCGGGACGCUGUGCCAGGCCUACCGCUAUGAGGUGUGCCUGGCUGGAGAACCUACGACUGGAAUAGAGACCCUUCACAACUAUGAAGAAGCUGCUCCCAGAAUACAUAAGAAGAAGGAGAUCUGAGUGGCACAGGAGGUGGAUGGACUGCAAUGACAUGGAGAUGCACCACUCAGAUUCCCCUUCAAAGGAGGACUUGUUUCUGGCAGAGCUUCGGGGCAUGACAGGAGUGCCGUCACUGUAACAGCCACCCUUCAGCUGUUACACCCUUUGCAGGGCAGGCCACAUCCAAAGACUGAUCAAGGUGAAAAUAUAAAGACCCGGCCAUUUCAGUCCAACACAGCACAAGUCUAAAAGGCCUUAGCUUCAGAGCUCCCACCUUCUCCCUCUAAUAAAUCCGGCCUCCACUACCUCCAUUCCACAGGUG